CGGGAGAAAAAGAGGAAGAGAGAGAGAGAGAGAGGGAGAGAGAGAGAGAGAGAGGGAGAGAGAGAGAGAGAGAGAGAGAGAGAGAGAUGAUGAUGUGAUGAUGAGACAAGUGCGGUAUUAAGUGAGAAUGACAGCGUGACAGAUACAAAAAGAAAAGAUCAUAAAACCUAGAGGAAGAGAGACGAACACAGAGACAAGGGCAGAGAUGGGAGGCGGAGGGAAACAGACAGAGCCCGAAUCGAACGGCGAGCGAGGAUGCAGUGUUUACACCUGGGAGGAGGUGCAGAGGCAUAGCCAUAGGGGCGACCAGUGGCUGGUGAUUGACAGAAAGGUGUACAAUGUCACUGACUGGGUCAAGAGGCACCCAGGCGGCAUCCGACUCAUCAGCCACUAUGCUGGGGAGGACGCCACGGACGCAUUCGCUGCGUUUCAUCCAGAGCCGGACUUUGUGCGCAAGUUUCUGAAGCCUCUUCUGAUUGGAGAAUUGGCACCCUCGGAGCCAAGCCAAGACCGACAGAAAAACGCUGCACUAGUACAGGCAUUCCGCACCCUGCGUGAGGAAGUGGAAAGGGAGGGGUUAUUUCAGACACAGCCCCUGUUCUUUUGUCUGCACUUGGGGCACAUACUACUACUUGAGGCCUUGGCGUUGCUGCUGGUGUGGAACUGGGGAACAGGGUGGAUUCCAACCCUGCUGUGUGCCAUGAUAUUGGCCACUUCGCAGUCUCAGGCUGGAUGGCUGCAACAUGACUUUGGCCACCUAUCUGUCUUCAAGAAAUCCUGCUGGAACCAUCUGCUGCAUAAGUUUGUCAUCGGACACCUUAAGGGUGCAUCCGCUAACUGGUGGAACCAUCGGCACUUCCAGCACCAUGCAAAACCCAACAUCUUUAGCAAAGACCCUGAUGUAAACAUGCUACACACCUUUGUACUGGGGAAGAUCCAGCCCGUGGAGUACGGGAUAAAGAAGUUGAAGUAUCUGCCAUACCAUCACCAGCAUCAGUACUUCUUCUUCAUUGGACCCCCCAUGCUUAUUCCAGUGUAUUUCCACAUCCAGAUCAUGCACACCAUGUUCUCUCGGCGUGACUGGGUAGAUCUUGCGUGGUCAAUGACCUACUACCUGCGGUACUUCUGUUGCUAUGUCCCAUUUUAUGGCUUUUUCGGGUCCAUGAUGCUCAUCAGCUUUGUGAGGUUUCUGGAAAGCCACUGGUUUGUGUGGGUCACCCAGAUGAACCACAUCCCCAUGGAUAUUGAUCAUGAGAAGCACCAGGAUUGGCUGACCAUGCAGCUGAAUGCUACAUGCAACAUUGAGCAGUCAUUCUUUAAUGACUGGUUCAGUGGACACCUCAACUUCCAGAUUGAACACCACCUGUUUCCCACAAUGCCUCGACACAACUACUGGCGCGCAGCCCCACUCGUGCGCGCUGUGUGUGAGAAGCAUGGAGUCCCCUACCAGGUCAAGACCCUGUGGCAAGGCUUCUGUGAUGUUGUGGGUUCUCUGAAGGAGUCUGGUGAACUGUGGCUGGAUGCAUACCUACAUAAGUAAACGUCGCCAUCACUACCCCCACCCCAGAUUUUCUCCCUACACCAGCCAGUCUUAGCUGUAUCCAAUCAUCAAUGCCAACGCCCCCCCCCCCCACUCUUCCAAUCAGAUUACGUCCAUGAAGUGCUCAUGUGACCCAGGUUUGGACAAUACAUGUGCCUGAUGUGUUAAAACAGCUUGACCAGUCAGAGCAUCCCUUGUGGUGGUAUGGCCUGUGGUUAAGCAGAGGGCUUUUCUCAAAGGUGCUAUGAAUUAUUAGGACCACAAGGAUAGGAGGGGACUUAAGGCCUACCUCUUAUACCAGGGUUACUUACUAAAAAUACUAAAAAUCUUUUUUUAAAUGGUUAUUGAAUAAAAACAAUCACAUUUUCAUAUCACUGUAUUCACAGGGUUUUAUAGUUUUCCACACCUAAAAUAGCAACAAAUUGAUGGCUAGGUUACAAUGAAAU